UCUAGAUUGAAAACUAUGUAGCCAAUGUGCACGUUUUGGUUGUGUUCCGUGCUAUGUGCAAUGUGGAACGAUCUGGUGCUAGGUCCCCUUUGAAACGAAACGUUGUACGUCAAACGCUCGGAUCCUUGAACGCUAAAAAUUGUCCCGCGACCGCUGUCGUUUCCGAUCACAUGGUGACUGUGCGCAAGGUUGGCGAGGUUCGCUCUCGUCCGCGUGCACGCGGCUCGAAAGGCGAAUCCACCGACCGUGGAAGAUGCGAGUCCCGCGUGACGAGGCAGAGGCGGAGGCAGAGGCAGAGGCAGAGGCAGAAGCGGACUCGUCGGAUCGCGGAGAAUGGUCGGCCGUGCGACGGCAGGAGAUGCACGCGCGUGCUGCUAACAAUAUGGCCUCGACGGGCCCUUUAAACCAAUUGCCGACGAGCGCAACGUGGUUGAGAAGCACCGCUACUGGGGAUGCAAAUUUCACAUUGAAAUCCGAGCCUCAACUUGUAGAAACUUAUCUCUUAAUAGGAAACACUAUGGAUUUACGGUCGGUGGAUAUGUCGCAAGACCCGCUAAGCAAUGAGGAUUUGACAGAAAGUUCAAUCGAGCUUAAACAGGAGACGGAUGCAGUGCCAUCGAGGGAACACAAAAAAUGUACCAAACGUACAAAGCAAUCUGAAAACUGGAAAGUGAACAUGAAGAAAGAUGCUAGAUUAAAAGGGGAGGAAUACAUCGGAGUUGGAGGCAAAGUAGUGCCGGCCAAAAAGAUGGGACACUCGUGCGCCUGUCGCAUGCGUUGCGCGGACAAGAUAGACGAGAAGGAACGCGAGGAGCUGCACAAGGCCUUUUGGAGAAUGUGUACGUGGCAACGGCGAAAGCAAUACAUCGCAUUGUCCAUCAAAGAAUCUCCGAAACAACGUACUCGCUUGCGCAACAUUCAGUCCAAGGGUUCUUCCUCAAAGUGCCGACAAGUGACGUUUACUUAUUCUCUUCUCGCCAAGAAUGAAUCCAUUACCGUCUGCAAGUCCAUGUUUCUCAGCACGUUUGCGGUGUCUGAGAAGUUUGUGCGGCAUGUGAUGAAGAAGAAACGAGUGUCACCCGGUGGUAUCAUCGGACCGGAUCAAAGAGGCAGGCACACACCGAAAACUAAGAAGAGCGAGGACGUGAAGGAGCGAGUGCGCCAACACAUAAAAUCCUUUCCGAUCGAGAAAUCGACGGAUCCUAAGGAUCACAGUGAUAAAUGUUACUUGGACUCGAAUCUAAAUAUAGCCACAAUGCAUAAAUCCUACGUGUUAAAGUGCAAACAAGAGAAUCUUCCCGAAAGUGAGAUAGUGAAGGAAAGUUAUUAUAGAGAAAUGUUUAAGUCGGAGUUUAAUCUUGGAUUUAAACGUGGUGUGCAAACUAAGGGAAAGAAAGUGCUGUCAAACGUUAGCUGAGACGAAGAACGAAAGAAAAUGCAUUUGUUGCUUGUAUUGAAAUAUAGAAACGGUUUUCAUAUCGGUGCUUAAUAAUUGUAGAACGACACAAGUUUCAACAUGAGAAUUUAUACAUUUAUUAACAGAAAUUUCUUACACUUGAUAUUGCUUGGCAUUACAUUAAAUAAACAUUAAACGAAAAGUAUACUUCUUUUCUAUAGAGUAAACGUAAAUUUUUAUUAAUAAUUUAUAUAUCACGAGUUCCUCUACUGUAAAAUAUAUUAAAACAAUAAAUGUCACUUGAUUCAAAUAAUA